GCUUUAGAAUCCUGUCAUCCGCAAAAGAUCCAUCCUUUCCUCACCAACUGCUCACCCCUGCGGCCCUGCCCUCUUGACUCGAGGUCUUCGUCGACGUCAACCAAAGCACCUUAUCUAGACGCUCUCCGCCGGCCGCCGCUGCUCCAUUCCAGUCCAGGGCAUCAGAUAAUUCAGAUCCUACGCCACCGGCAUCUGCUCGCAACACGGCCAGCGAUCCACCGGCGAGAUGGCUCCACAGGACGGCAGCUAGGCUUCAAAGUUCAAAGUAGAAGGUGCCGACAGACACGUGUGCCUUCGUCCGUGUCUGGCGUCCCAAUGCGAAGUUGAAGGUCUUCGACAGUAGCGUUGAACUCGACGGCGACGGCGACGGCGUGGCUUCCUUGAAUCGAUUGGGUGAGGUCCUUUUUUUUUGGCGAGGGUUCAUUCAGGUCUCUUGUGACUGCGUCGGGUAUUGUCGAGUGGAUACUUGAUUAGAUGGUCGACCAUUCUUGGGUGUCUGCUUAAGCAGAACCGAUACCUCCCUGCUGCAAAAGACACACAAGCAAGUGCUGCCUCCAAAAGAAGAUCAGCCAAGAUGGACAUCGCCACUGGGGCGAUGAACACCCUGCUCCCUAAGCUUGGUGAGCUGGUGGUGGGCGAAUACAAGUUGCAGAAGGGUGUCAAGGGAGAGAUUCAGGAACUUGAGAAGGAGCUGAGAAGCAUGACCGCUGCCCUCCGCAAGGUGGCUGAGGUGCCAGUGGACCAGCUUGACGAGCUGGUCAGGAUCUGGGCCCGUGAUGUGAGGGAACUAUCCUAUGACAUUGAAGAUGCUGUCGACACCAUCAUGUUGCAGGGAAUCAGGCAUGAACCUACCAUGCCGUUCAGCAUCAAGGGAUUCAUUGAUAGGACCAUCAAUUUGUUCCAGAUGGCUGCGACCAACCAUCAGAUCCACAAUGUUACCAAGGACAUCAUGGAUCAGGUCAAGAUGGUCAAUGAGCGUCGUAAAAGGUACAAGAUUGAUGAGGUAUCUAAUAGGCCAAUUGUGGAGACAAUUGAUCCUCGCCUAGAAGGUAUGUACACAAGGGCAGCACAGCUGGUUGGCAUUGACGGUCCAAAGAAUGAGCUGGCUAAGCGACUGUUGGAACAGGAGGGCUUAUCGAGAAAGCAAUCAAAUAUAAUUUCUAUCGUUGGAUUUGGAGGCUUGGGAAAGACAACUCUUGCCAAUUCAUUGUUGCAGGACCUUAAGGAACAAUUUGAUUGUCACUUUUUUGUCUCCAUAUCCUUUAGUCCUGAUAUAAAGAAGAUUUUUAAGAAUAUUCUUGUCCAACUUGAUGAGAAUAAGUAUGGCCACAUAGAUGAAUCAUGGGAAAUAAAGUUGCUCAUUGACAAAAUUAUAGAAUUCCUCAAGAAUAGAAGCAGGUGCUUGUGCGUUAUUGAUGAUUUAUGGAAAGAAUUGCCAUGGGAUACAAUCAAACUUGCUUUGCAGGAUGGUAAUCAUGGAAGCAAGAUAAUCAUAACCACUCGCAAUAAGGCUGUCGCAGAAUAUGUUGGUGGUGGUAUUUAUGAACUAAAGCCUCUUUCUACUGAUAACUCGAGAGAGUUAUUCUACAAACGGAUAUUUGAAUCUGCGGAUGAUUGUCCUCCUGAUUUGAGCAAAGUUACUGGAAAAAUCUUGAAGAAAUGUGGUGGCGUACCAUUAGCCAUUAUUACUACAGCAAGCUUACUAGCUAAUAAACCAAGGUGUUCAGUUGAAUGGGAGAAGGUGAAUAGUUCUAUCCGUUCUGGAUCUGAAAAUAGCCACCCUAUGGAAACGAUGAACACGAUAUUAAGAUUCAGUUACAAUGAUCUGCCUUUCCAUUUGAAAACUUGCUUGUUGUCUCUGAGCAAAUAUCCCGAGGACCAGAUGAUUAGAAAGGAUGUUUUGGUAUGGAGCUGGAUAGCAGAGGGUUUUAUUACACCUUCAGGGUCAAGCUUGCAGGAGACAGGGGAUGGUUACUUCAAUGAGCUUAUUAAUAGAAGCUUGAUACAGCCCGUCAACCGCAAGGAUCCGUUUUAUGUGCUUGGAGAGAUGGAGGUGUAUGCUUGCCAAUUACAUGACAUGGUGCUUGAGCUUAUUAUCAAGUUGUCAGCUGAAGAAGGCUUUGUUACCGCUUCGUUGUCAGAUGGUGACCAAGCAGGUGCAUCUUCAUUGCAUCAGAGGGAGAUCAUCCGGCGGCUGUCCCUCCACAAUAGUAGUAACACCGAUGCCUCAAUAAAUGAAAGAAAACUGCUAUCCAAAGUGAGGUCACUUUAUGUCUUCGGCCAUGCAGAUUUGAUGAUGCCGUCCCUGUCAGAAUUUUGCGUUCUACGUGUACUGCAGCUAGAGAAUUGUUCUGGACUUGAUAACAAUCAUCUUAAGGAUAUCUGCAAAUUGUACCUCCUGAAGUUUCUACGGCUACAGGGUUUGAAAGUCACAGAGCUCCCCGAGAGUAUUGGCAAGCUGGAGUCUCUAGAAACAUUAGACAUCAGAGGCGCCGAUGAUGAGUCAGUGAUAAUGUUACCGCUGUCUUUUGGUAAACUAGGAAAACUGGUCCGGCUUCAUGCCGAAAGAGUGGAGCUGCCAGAUGGUGUGAGUCUGGAGAAUAUGAAAUCUCUACGAGAGCUUGUAGGCAUAUGCCCUACCUUGCACGCCGUGACAGAGAUUGGUAAACUAGGAGGGCUAAAGGCCCUUGAGAUUGCCAUCAAGGAAGAACCCGAGAGCAGUACUGGCAAUUGGAAGGAAUUGAUUGGCACGUGCCUUCAAAUGUGCUCCAGUUCGUUACAAGUAUUGGUGCUGAGAGUUCCACUACGUUAUUUGUAUUUCCAGAAUUUUAUGGCACAUGUUCCUACUGGUCUGCGGACCUACAUGUGUAGUGGCUACUUUGAUGAAUUCCCAAGGUGGAUUGAUCCGUCGUUCUCCUAUCUCACAGUCUUGUCCAUCAGGCUACUCAAUGUGCAUGUACAGCCUGAGCACCUUGAUAAGCUUGCUGAGCUGCCAUCCCUUCGCUUUCUUAGGAUACAGGUACUAGGUUUAUCACCACGGCAAGAAAAGCUCGUUAUUCACAGCAGUCCAUCUGCAUUCCCGUGUCUAACGGAUCUUCGGAUUUUGUGCCAGUUGAUGUUCCUUAAGUUUGAACCUGGGGCUAUGCCAAAGCUUGGAAGACUCUGCCUUCGCUUUGACGCUAGAAGGACCAAUGAGCAUUUUCGGACUAAUAACUUUGAUUAUGGAUUCGAGAACCUCCCUUCUCUCCGACAUGUCGUUAUUGUGUUAAACAUCCUUGCAUUAAAUUGGGCGGAGCACACUGAAGCCCAAGAUGCUAUUAGGAAGACAAUUAACAAUCAUCCCAACCAUCCUUCGCUCCAUUUUUCCUAUUAGUAAGAAUUAAAGGAUGGAACAGCUUAUGAGAUUUGUUGUUCGUAAUGUACUUGUUACGGGGUUAGAGGCUAAGUGUGUUACAUUUUCCAUUAAAUCUACUGUCACAUUCAUGUCAAACACAAAUACUUUUAUGACUAUUCAUUACAUGUUUCCAAUAAUUACAUCAUGUACGUUUUUUUUUGUAAUUGAGCAUGGAUUAUGGGUGUGACCUAUUUUGAACAUUUCAUCCACAUACUGUAUCUUAAGUUAUCAAAUUUGGAGGA